CUGGGAGGCUCGGCGGGGCGAGGGAGCGAAGGAGCCGGGCUAGCAAGCAGGACAAGGCGAAAGGGAGGGGUCCCCGGGAUCUUGGGGUCCUUGGAGCGAGAAGGGGAUGCUGCGCCCCGGGUCUGCAACACACCGGGGCGGGAGAAGACGGCGCUGAGGUGCAGCACCCCGGAGGUGAGACGGGAGGCGCAGAGGAGAGUGCGGGGUGGCGGGGAAGGAGGCCCCCCCGGCAGUGGAUCCGGGACCCAGGGAGGGCCGCCCCCCGGGCCUGGUGGCGCUGAGCAGGGACUCCCAGCGCUCACCUCCUGCCCCGCGACAUGAACCUCCUGUACCGGAAAACCAAGCUGGAGUGGAGGCAGCAUAAGGAGGACGAGGCCAAGAGGAGCUCUGGGAAGGAGGUGUCCCCGGCAGGCCCCCCAGGGCCCCUACGGCGCUCGCUCAGGAUGGGCUUCAUGACCAUGCCCGCCUCCCAGGAGCACGCACCCCACCCGUGCCGCAGUGCCAUGGCCCCGAGAUCCCUGUCCUGCCACUCGGUGGGCAGCGUGGAUGCCACGGGAGGCGGGCCUGGGGGUGAUGACAGCAGCGCCCGAAGACCCCCCACCAAGCCCCGGAGACACCCGAGCACCAAGCUUAGCAUGACGGGGUCAUCAGGGGCCGAGACACCUCCCAGCAAAAAAGCAGGCACACAGAAGCAGACCCCAGAGGCCCGAGAGUCUGGCCGGAAGGUCCCCCCGCAGAAACCCAGGCGAAGCCCCAACACGCAGCUCUCGGUGUCCUUAGAUGAGUCGGGACCCUCUGCCCCGUCCCCCCGAGGGGGGCACCUGCCCCUCCAGCGCCUCAGCAGGGGGUCCUGCCUCGCGGGGGACCCCGAGGUGGGUGCCCAAGAAGAGGAGCCGGUGUACAUCGAGAUGGUGGGGGAUGUGUUCCGAGGGGGAGGAGGAGGGCGAAGUGCUGGGGUCCUGGCCGGGCCCCCUCUGGGGUCUGGGGGGCCGACCCCUCCCGCGGGCGCCGACUCGGACUCGGAGGAGAGCGAGGCCAUCUACGAGGAGAUGAAGUACCCCCUGCCCGAGGAGGCGGGUGCGGGCCCCCAAAACCUGGCGGCCGCCCCAUCCUCUCACCAGCCCCCAGGCCUGCAGCAGGCAGGACCCCGCCGGCCGGCUUCGGCGCUCCCCAGCCGGAGGGACACGGCGACGCCCAGCAAGGCCGCGCCCUGCGAGAUCCCGCCACCGUUCCCCAACCUCCUGCAGCACAGGCCCCCGCUGCUGGCCUUCCCCCAAGCCAAGUCCGCUUCCCGCAUCCCUGGCGACGGGGUCUCGCGGCUCCCGGUCCUCUGUCACUCCAAGGAGUCGACGGGCCUGGCCACCCCAGCUCCCCAAGUGCCUGUCCGGGAGCGGGAGACGCCUCCCCCUCCGCCUCCCGCCUCCAACUUGCUGCUGCUGCGCCCAUCGGGCCGUGCCCGGAGCCACUCGACGCCUCUGCCGCCCCAGGGCUCUGGCCAGCCCCGGGGGGAGCGCAGCGAGCUCCCCAACUCCCACAGCAUGAUCUACCCCAAGGCGGCAGCACCCCCGGCCCCCGCCGCCUUGCUCCCCGGCGCCCCCAAGGACAAGGCCGUGUCCUACACCAUGGUCUACUCAGCCGUCAAGGUGACCACGCACUCCGUGCUGCCGGCCGGACCGCCCCUGGGUGCGGGGGACCCCAAAACCGAGGAGAUCGCCGUGCUCCACAGCAUGCUGUGCACCAGCGCCCGGCCCCCCGCGCCCGUCAAGUCCAGCGCGCACGGCGGGGUUCUGCACCACCGCAGCUGCCUGGCCUCCCCGCACAGCCUGCCGGACCCCACGGCCGGGCCCCUCGCUCCCCUCUGGACCUACCCGGCCACCGCAGCCGGGCUCAAGAGACCCCCGGCCUACGAGAGCCUCAAGGCAGGGGGGGUGCUGAAUAAGGGCUGCGGCCUGGGGACCCCCGCCCCCAUGGUCAAGAUCCAGCUGCAGGAGCCCGGGUCGGAUGGGGGCACCUUCGCCAGCAUCUCCUGCGCCCAUGUCAUCGCCAGCGCUGCGGGCACCCCAGAAGAGGAAGAGGAGGUGGGAGCCGCGGCCUUUGGGGCUGGCUGGGCCCUGCAGCGGAAGGUCCUGUAUGGAGGGCGAAAGGCCAAGGAGCUGGACAAGGUGGAAGAUGGUGCCCGGGCCUGGAAUGGCAGCACUGAGGGGCCUGGCAAGGUGGAGCCAGAAGACCGGGGCCCCCUGGCAUCGGGGAUCCCCGUUAGGAGGCAGGGUGCCGAGGGCCUGCUGGCCAGGAUCCACCACGGAACGGAGCGAGGCGGGAGCCGCACAGCACUGCCGGUUCCCUGCCAGACCUUCCCCGCCUGCCACCGAAACGGAGAUUUCACCGGAGCCUACCGCCUGGGUCGCUCUGCCUCCACCUCUGGAGUCCGGCAGGCCGCGCUCCACACCCCCCGGCCCUGCAGCCAGCCCAGGGAACCCCAGAGCCAGACCCACCCGGCACUACCGCUGCCGCUGCCCCUGGCACCCCCGCCGGCCCGCGAGCGCGACGGGAAACUGCUGGAGGUGAUCGAACGCAAGCGCUGCGUGUGCAAGGAGAUCAAGGCACGCCACCGGCCCGAGCGCGGCCUGUGCAAGCAGGAGAGCAUGCCCAUCCUCCCCAGCUGGCGGCGCGGGCCCGAACCCCGCAAAUCCGGCACUCCGCCCUGCCGCCGGCAGCACACGGUCCUCUGGGACACUGCCAUCUGACGGGCCGGGCGCCCCAGAACACUGGCCUCGAGAGAGAAAGGGACCUCUGAAGGACCAGGGGCGAGCAGAACCUCCGCCCUAGCCCCAGGGACGGGCAGCGGACGGGGACCCCCCUGGGCUCGGGGUGCCAGGCGCAGCCCCGGAGACCAGCGGGAAAAGGAUGCUUGGGCGGGAUGCACCGCCCGGUCCUCCGUCCUCUGCAUCUCCGCGCUGGUCCAGCUGAGCCUGGCUGGCCCCGCCUCCCGGGAGGGCAAAGGCCAAGCCAUUGGUCAGCAUGGGGAGUGGGCGGGGCGAGGGAGCAAGGGGGCGGGCCAGCCAAGGAAAGGUGAGAGUGUUGGUACAGCGGCUCUUGGAGAGUUUAGUGUGCUGGGCCACGAGGGUUCUUUAAUUUAUUUAUUUUUCCAAACACUUUUUUUAAUCUUUCCUUUGAGCCUGGAGGGCAAUUCUGAGUCCUCCUGCCUCCUCCUGAGCUGCGAGUAAGGAAUCGCGGGCAAUGAAAGGGUUCAAUGAAAGUUUGCACAGUUGCCCCCUCUCUCGACACCCGCAUCACCACCAUCCUUGCUGCAGGCCCCAACUGUACCUGCCUGGCCCAAAGUGGGGAAAGCUGUUUCCUGAGCCAGAGCAACAGGAGGAUGGACGAGGGGGGCGCUUUGUUCAGUAUUUCCAAGUUGCCCGAAUUUGGUAGGGAGUAGUAGUACCCGCUCCGAAACAGGCAUCUAAUUUAGCUGUUGGGGUGAGGGGUUAGCACCAGGAUGGG